UAGAAAGUUAACCUCACAAAAUGAUUUUCAAAAACAAAACUUUUAUAAGAAAAUUGUCGACCAACAAAAAUGCAUGGAAAAGCGUAGUAGGCUUAGAAGUACACGCUCAAAUAAAGUCGAUUAGCAAACUGUUUUCGGGGGCCUCUACGAAAUUUUCGGCGCCUGUAAACACCAACGUAUGUCUGUUCGACAGUGGAAUACCUGGCACAUUACCUGUAUUAAAUAAAAGAUGCGUAGAAGCAGCCGUACUCACCGCUCUUACGUUAAAUUGCAGAGUUAACCCUGUCUCCUAUUUUGAUAGAAAACAUUACUUUUACGCCGAUUUACCAUUAGGUUAUCAAAUAACCCAACAGCGAGCACCGAUUGCUAACGAUGGUUGUUUGGAAUUUCAAGUAUACACGCCCAGUGUUCACAAACAGCCCUAUUCUAAAUCAGUGCGCAUUAAACAAUUACAGCUCGAGCAAGACAGCGGUAAAAGCUUGCACGAUACUGAUCGUAGUCUCGUCGAUUUGAAUCGAGCUGGGGUGGGAUUGAUGGAAUUGGUUUUUGAACCCGAUUUGAAGGAUGGCGAAGAAGCCGCCGCUUUAAUUAAGGAGCUCGUCGCGAUUUUGCAGCGGAUCGAUACGUGUUCCUGUAAAAUGGAAGAAGGGGCGUUGAGGGUGGACGCAAACGUUUCCAUUCACAAAGAAUCGGAGCCAUUAGGUACAAGGACUGAAAUCAAAAAUAUCGGGUCAGUAAGAGGGGUAGCUGGUGCAGUGGCUUAUGAAAUACAGAGGCAAAUAAAAUUGAAGGAGUCGAAUAAACCGGUAAUAAACGAAACUAGAGCUUGGGAUGCCAGUACAAAAACAACAAUUUCAAUGAGAGACAAGGAAGUAUUGCAAGAUUAUAGAUAUAUGCCUGAAACUAAUUUACCACCUAUACAAAUUGCCAUCGGGCCUGUAAGAUGCGGUUCUUUGGACGCUGAUGAACUACGGAAAACUAUACCUGAAUUGCCUGAACAAACGAGGCAGCGAUUAAGAAACGAACAAAGCUUAUCUUUAGAGCAAUCUAUUAUAUUAGUCAACGAUGCCUCGUUGUUGAAAGUGUUUGAAGAUACCGUUUUGGAAAAUCAAAUCAAUUCGAAAAUGGUAGCUAAUUUCCUAAUUAACGAAGUCAAUACACUGUUGAAUAAAAAAGAAAUGGAUUCGACAGAUAUUAUCGGAAAAUCUAAAUAUAUAGGUGAGAUAUUGACGUUGCUUGAAAAAGAGGAUAUAAAUAGAAACACAGCCAAAUUAUUAUUGGAAGAAAUUCUCUUAGGUAGUACUAGAAGUCCAGUACAGAUCGUCAAAGAGAAGGAAUUACUCCAAAUAAACGAUAAUGAGAAAUUGGAGAAACUGUGCAGAGAUGUUUUAGAAGAAUGUGAAAAGGCUGUACGCGAUUAUAGAGCAGGAAAAACUAAAGCUUUCAAAGCAUUGCUCGGUGUUAUAGUUUCAAAAACCGAGGGCAGAGCCAAUAUGAAGAAAUGUACAAAUAUCCUAAAGAAAUUGUUGGAUAAAUAAAUGCUAGACAUAACGAA